UUACAUCCCUGCUUACGUUUGGCUGGCAUAGCCUAAUUUCCGCAUUCCCAAAUCCUCCCAGAUUGGGAUCACGUUUAAAGUCGGGCUGAUGCAACGAUUUCCACUUUUUAAAAUCUACUCUCGACCCUCGGCUGAGCAGAAGAAAGGACAUUUGUUGCACCUGGGAUCAAAGUCAGCUGUGGUCACGACCGAGACUGACACGAUGCCAGGACAAAUCCCAGAUCCCUCUGUGACUGCAGGCUCCCUGCCCAGUCUGGGCCCGCUGGCUGGGAUCUCAGCCACCACGAUGACUGACAAGCUCAAAUUCGGCGACCUCCAGGAGUUUGGGACGAUGCUGUCACCUCUGCACUUCCUGGACAGUCUGGGGAAGAGGCCCCUAGUCAUCAAAACAGAGGGAGAUGAAGAGGAAGAGAGGAGGAAACGGAGGCGAGAGAAAAACAAAGUGGCUGCAGCUCGGUGUCGAAACAAAAAGAAAGAGAGAACAGAUUAUCUACAAAAGGAAUCAGAGCGACUAGAGAUGCUAAACUCCGACCUUAAAGCCCAGAUUGAGGAGCUGAAGCUGGAGCGGCAGCAGCUGAUCCUCAUGCUGAACCGCCAUCGCCCCACAUGUAUUGUCAGGACGGACAGUGUCAAAACUCCGGAGAGCGAGGUGAACCCUCUGUUGCAGCAGCUGGAGGACAAGUGAAGACACCACGACUUUCUACAGUUUACGGUUGAGAAGCAGCAGCCAACAAGCAGCACUUAGAGGCUCAGUCCGGAGGAGAGCUAGCCGAUCCCUGCUACCUUCAGACACACAGCGCGCUUCACAAAAUGUGGAUCCGGCACCCUCGGGCACUGUUCUGACAGUAAAAUCCAACUUCUUUUAUUUUCUUUUUCUUGCUUUCCCAUUUAUUUGUCAUUAUGGUUAUCACAGCUCCAGCCACCAUCACAAUGAAGUUAAAUGAAAUAAUCUCUUGAGAAAAUUGCAUUCCAUACAGUGAGUUUGUGGCUUUAACCCUCCUGUUGUCCUCAUUUACGGGCACCAGAAAAUAUUGUUUCCUUGUCUGAAAAAAAAUCCAAAAAUCCAGCAAAAAAAAAAAUUCUCCAAAUUUCUGAAAAUUUGCAAAACUUACAGGAAGAAAAUUUCAAUAAUUCCUUAAAAGUUUCCCUUAAAAGUUUUAUUUUUAAAAAAUCCCCCAAAUUUGGCAAGAAAAUUCUUGUAGAUAUUUUCAAAAAAUGAGUAAAAAUCUUCCAAAAAAAUCCUAAAAAUAUCUAAAGUGAUUACAUAUAUAUCAGUAAAACUUCUACUAUUUUCUUUAAGAACAUUCACAAAAAAAUCAACCAAAAUCCAGCGAAAUACGCUGGAUUUUGUUUGAUUUUUAUGUGAAUGUUCUUCAGAAACAUUUUUAACAUUUCUUUUUUUCCACUAAAAAAUGUUCAAAGAUUUCUCAGAAAUGUUGAAAAUGUGGACGUCAGAAGUUUCACUGUGAAAAUAUUUUUUUCCCCCACAUUUUCAAACUUUAAAAUGGGUCAAUUUAGACCCGCAGGACAAUAUGAGGGUUAAGGUGGAUUUGUGCGAUAUAUGAUCUGAACUUGAGCAACAAACUUUAAAAAGUUUUCAGGAAUUAAAAAAUGGAGCUUGAUUUGGAGAAGAAUUGUUCAAUUUCAGCAAUUUGUUGUAUGUUUUACAUUUGCUUGGCAAUGUUUUUAUUUUUAAAUCAGUGCUAAAACUGAGCUACAUUUGAUCAAUUAACUGAAUCGAUGUUUAAUUGUGGCCAAAUUGCAUAUAGCUGUUGUUUUAACAUCAUUUCAACUAUUGUUUUCAUGUGAACCCCCCAGAAGAGCAACAGCUACAUGUGAUCAGGCUAGAAAUAGACGUCUUGUUUCAGCAUGUCAGUGUCCAUGCUCCUAAAAUGACUUGGAUUGUCUUACUUUUUGUAAAGUGCAUUUGCAGAAUUGUAUCAGUUUUACCUGUAACCCUUUAAAUUUAGAGGGAUAUAGGUCUAGUAAAACAUGAAAUGGAGAGCAUUAACCUUCAAAUUUUAGAAAAAAAAAAUAUUUCCAAUUUGUUUUAUAGUGUUGUUAAACCGGCACACAAAGAAUCCUUUUUACUGCAUAAUUGUUUUUCUGGUCAUUUUGGUUCUUUCAUACAUUUGAUGGCACAACAGUUCAACGUUGUUUUUUUGUUUGUUUGUUUGUUUAUUCCACUGUUUUGGCGCAGGCGUCAUGUAUGCACAUAUAUAUAUAUGAAGUGUUUACAUUGUACUUUAUUUUCUGUUACCUUAUUGUUACUACAAAUUCUGGGUUUUUUUUAUACUUUUGAAUAUGAUGUUAUAUAAGCAUAUAAGCUAUCACAAAAUCCCAUUUUGUAUUCCCUUAAGAAAUAAAUGUUUAGUUUCUUUUUUACUGGA